AUGGUGCCCAAGGAGGCCAACGAGGUGAUCAAUUCCAAGAAACGAAAAUCUCUGCAACCCACGGAACGGAUGCAUACGCUCCUGCAAAAGGAUGUGCUGCAGUAUAAAAUCGAUAACUCUGUUUCGGUUUAUUUGAUGGCUGUGCUUGAGUGUAUCUCCAGCGAUAUAUUUAAAAUAGCUGCCGAAUAUGUGUGCAAUAUCUCGCACUGUGAGAUUGUCAAAGAGGAUCUGGAGGUGGUAUUGAAUGCCGAACGUGUCCUCGAGAUGUUUGACAUGCUGGACCAGAGCAGCGAGCAAAAACGAAGAUUUCAUUUAAUAUUCGAUGUAGUCGACAUUAAAUCUUGGGCACCUGAUCUCAUAGAUGAGAUCAACUCAACACUGGUUCAAAUAAACAAUCGAAGCAUAAUUAAUGCUUAUUUGAUAUUAAAAAGAAAUGUUGAUAAAAUUGAUGUGAAUACAGUAUUGGACUUCUGGAAAGUCAAUAAUGAGAGGCGAAGGCUGUACAAUCUAACAAUGGAUGCUUGCCGAUUUUUAACAAUGAUUCAUAAAAAUAAUCUAUUCGCUAUAUUCUCUAAGAGCUUUAAAAAACAUACGGAUGGAUCAUUAAAAUGCCCCUUGAGAGCUCAUCAUAAUUACACUCUUCAAAACUGGUAUUUGGACGAAGAGGAUUUUCCCAACUUUGCUCCCGAAGGAAGUUUUGUGACUAUGACAGAAUAUAUAAUACAUAAGAAAAAGGUUUUGCGUGUAGUGACGCGUGGAAGAAUUGUGUACUAA